UGUGACAGCUGGAGAAUCACUUCAAUCCAAACUGUUCGUUCUGGAAUUACUCUGAGCGCUCGAUGACGGGCCAGUGGUCGUCACAGGGCUGCAGACGUCUGCACAGCAACAACACGCACACCACCUGCGCCUGCUCGCAUCUCACCAACUUCGCUGUGCUCAUGAGCCACCAGCAGCCCGCCUAUCCCGGCGGCGUUCAGGGUCUGAUCCUGUUCGUCAUCACGUGGGUGGGGAUGGUGAUCUCUCUGGUGUGUCUGGCUCUGUGUAUCUCCACCUUCUGCUGCCUGCGAGGCCUUCAGAGCGACCGCACCACCAUCCACAAGAACCUGUGCCUCACGCUCUUCAUCUCACAACUCCUCUUCCUCAUCGGCAUGGAUAAGACACACUAUACCGUGAGUUCACGAGGACCAGACCUUAACAGACCACAUUAGACUAAACCAGACAAACAUCAGACCAAACAAAACUAUAUCAGAUUAAACCAAACCUCAUCAGACCAAACAAUCAACCUAAAUCAG